AUCUCGACUUUACAUCACCCUGCACUCAAACCACACCUCCAUUUCUCUUCCACCAACAACCUCCAUGGCCUCCCAACAAGAAAGAACCUUCAACAACGUCCCCAGCGAAGAAGAAGAUAAACAGCCCCAAAACCAUGAAACCCCCACCAACACCACCACCACCACCACCAUAUCGCCUCAAGGCACGGUGCCAUACAGAGCCCAGGCACAACAGAAUUCCAUCGACUCCAUCAACGCCGCCGAAGAACGCUACGCAAAAGCAAAGGAAUCCGGCUCAGCAGCCUACCAACAUACCAAAGAUACCGUCGUUCAUGGCGUCGGCGCCGGAACUACUUACAUCGCCGGAAAAGGAUAUCAGGCGGCGGACUACGCUGUGGAGAAGGGGUUGCAGGGGUAUGAAAUCGCAAAGGAUGCGGCCAUCGCCGCCGCUCAGAAGGCGGCGGAGGUGUCCAAGCAGGCCGCGGUGAAGGCGAAGGAGGUGACUGUCAGUACAGGACAGUCUGCCAUGGAUUAUGUGAAGGGUAGCACAGGGGAGGUAAAGGAGACGCCUUUGGGAGGAGAGGGAAGAACAGAGGAGGUCGGCGAAGCUAAGGUGUUUCGUGCUGCAGGAGAAGGUUGCACAGCAGAGUGAAGGGGAGAAGGAGAAGGAGAAGGAGAAGGUAGUUUGACCAGAGAUUGACCGGAGAAGAGAAGGAGAACUGUUGAAGAGAAAAU